AAAAAAGUAUCCUACACUUUUGGAUAGUUUAUCUCCCCACGACCACGUAAAGAAUCGCAUACAGCGUCUACAAGAUCAGCGUCUAUAGCUCACGCAACUAUGGCGACGGUGGCUCCCACGGACAGAAGUAGCCUGAGCACCAAGGAACAUUCUGUGCAUUUUUCGUCUUUCCGGUACGAAGCCGAAUUGCCUUCUACACGCAAAAAUGAACAACGACCAUCUUACAAGAUUCAAGUAUUUCGAGUCGAGGAUUAUGACAACGUAACGCAUGAUUGGAAAUGCGGAAAAAUCUUUCAGCAAACGAAAAUUCGAGCUAUUUUGGGCAUCGUGCGGGAGGAACUUAUGGACCAAGCGUACAAGACGCACCGCCGGAGACUUUCUGGACAAGAUGAAACUUGGGAUCCUGAGGGGCUGGUUUUGUCAACGAUCGACCGCCCAUUUACUUCCAAGAUGCUUUUCAGCGUUGCGGACGCUACUUCCAUCGAUCCAAAAAGUACAGCAAUCUUACGGGGGAUGUGGUUUUCUAAAGUCUACAGGGGAGACUACGAACGAGAAUUCAAAAAAUGGACCAAAGAUGCGCUAGAGUACGUCCGAAGCAACUUCUCAAAAGUUGCUUCAACGACGAAAGAUUUCUACGUGUUUUAUCCUAGCACUUUGGAGAAAGAAAAGUGUGACCAGCUUCCAGUGGUGGUCUUCUUUAUGAAAAUCUCAGAUUGAAACAUCAAUAACCCCCCGAGGAGAGAAAGUCCUUCUUUGUAUACUUACACGCUACUCUUUAUCAUCCGAUAACAAACCCCUGUCAGCACUUACAUUAGUAUUUUCUUU